UUUACAACGAUGAACGCUCCCAAAUUAUUCUUGAAUAUCCUGUAGAAAUUGGUAAUUAAUAUUAUUUUCUAUUACACAACACUAUUUAAAAAUCGCAUAUACCAAAAUUGUUUGAAUUUGACUCCCGGGAUAUAUAAAAAAAGACUAUGAAACCAAGAUUAUUAGUGUUCGAUACUUUGGUUUCGAUACUAAAAAUCUUAUAUGUAUUUACUUGUACUGGACAUCCCUAAAUGCAUUUUGUGCUGAGGAUUUAAAAAAAACUUAGGUACCUAUUGCAGUUUUAUGAAAAUAAACAACUCAUUAUUAAUUUACCGCUUUUUGCUUGCGCUAUUGUAGGAAUUUGAAUUCAUUUCUAAGAAUUAACAUUAAUUUACUACCUUUAUUUUUUGUUAGUUUUAAUAUUAAUGGAUUAUCUAGAGACCGAAAAUUUUAUAGACCAAUUAAUCCAAGAAUAUGAUGAAACUUCGAUGUCUGUACCUGAAAUUGAAUUUCAACCACAUCUUCUCAUAUCAAGAGUGCGGAAACAUUAUAUGGAUUAUAUAAUAAAAAUGUUAUCUAUUAACUAUGAAACUAACCAAAGGCUAUUGAAUAAGAAUAUUUACUUGCCAAGUGCAAUCUGGCGAUGUGCAAAGAAAAUAGAGAUGACAGCUGCACAGACUUGCAUGGUAGCACAAGUAUAUAGGAAGAAUAUUACAACUGUUAUAAAAGAUUUAAAAAAUGAUACUACCAAAGGGAAAUUGUAUAGAAGUUUGUAUGAUUGUCUAAAGAAACCACCAGAAAAUGAUAAGAAAACACAAACAACUGGCAAAUCAAAUGAUUGUACAUGCCCUUGUAUUUGUAACCAACGAAAAAGGGCUCGGUUAUCUGAUUCACCGAAAAUUUGCUUGAAUGAUAAUUUAAAUACAGAUUCAGCAAAAAUGGAACAAAUGAAUACCAAUCAGGAAAAGCAAUUUACAAUACCAGUUAUAGAAAAUUUACAAGCUCAAAGUCCCAAAAUUGCUAUAGUAUCUACUAACAAUGCAGCACAAGCAAUUAAUGAUCAAUUAUUAAUCUUAAACCAAGAGUCAGUUCAAUCAUCUAAGCCACUCAUCAGGAUGUCUGUUGAAUCUAGUGAUUCAACUGAUGAAUUAAUGUUACAAUUAGAAAAGCUAUUUCAAGGUGAUCCCAAUGAUGAUGAUUUGUUUGAAGGUACCUUAUGUGAUACUUAUGAUGUUGCAACACAUGUAGAAAAAAAAUGUAUUGAUACUUUGAAUAAAGAAAACCAAAUAGUAAUACAAAAUCAAGAUGAAAUAAAUGAUAGUAAUUCUGCCCUAAAAAAAACACUUGAUGAAAGAUUACAAUCUCUAGCUGGCUUGCUUGUUAAUAACAAUAAUGACGACUGUACCAUACAACAAAAAUCUGAAAUAUUAAAAAAGAAAAACAGAUCAAGUAAAUGGCUAUGUGAAGAAUAUUUUCUUAAAGUAAAAUUAUACGAACUUAUGGAUCAGAUUAGGGACUGUAACAGAAAGAAGUAUUCACGGAUAAAACAGAAAUUGGUUUUAUUAUUUGGGGAUGAUUGUGAUGAUGACAGUAUAAUGUCGCCUUUAGAUGAAUCGUCAGAGUUCAUUAUUAGCUGUAAAGAACGAAUUGCCCCAUGGGUUGUAAAGCUAUUAACACCUUACUAUAUUAAAGGUCGUAUUAGGGGAAAAGUUCUAUUUAAAGCUGUCGCCAAACACUUGAUACGAUUAAUUUAUCAAUGCAGUAGAUAUCCACAUGAGUAUGAGGUACAUAGUUUUGUAUCUGACUUCUUAGAAAACCACAAGAUGAUAAGAUGUGAAGCUGAUUUCAAACAAUUUAGAAUUGAUAACCUGUAAUGCUCUGGCUGUUUAUUAAGGUUUAAAUUUAUAUUGUUGAUUUGAAAUAAUAAAUUUAAAAAAAUCACUUGCCAUAUUCUUGUUAUCCAGACUAUUUUAA